UGGGAUGUCCGGGUGGCGUGUGUCCUCCGAGAGUUUCAUGUCUAUGCCAUUGGCAGCUCUGCGUUCCUGCGAACGGGUCGGGGGAAUGCCUGCUCUAUCUUUAACUUGAUUGGGUUGUUGGAGUGGUGCUCGCCCUCGUGUUUUUUUUCCUUCAGUUUCUGGUGAAUGCGCGAGUAAAGUUGUUCUCUUACCCGUGGUUUGGCUUCUGCAUGUCUGUAUUGUCGCGUGACGCUGGUUUUGCUGCGUGUGUUUCUAUCGCCGCAUCUCACUGAUUUUAAUAUGCGCGGCCAUGUGCUUAGAAUAAUUUCGUGGAGCGCGUGGGUCUUAGACAUCGUUCUGAUGCUAUCGGGCAAGCAAAUUUACUUCAUCGCACGGAAAUUUGGUUUGGAUUAUCAGAUACAAUCACUUGAAGAAAGUGCUGAAGUACUAAGAGAGAGGUGCUUGAAGUUUCAUAAAGGUUGCCGCAAGUAUACUGAAGGGCUAGGUGAAGCCUAUGAUGGAGAUAUUGCAUUUGCAAGCGCACUUGAGACAUUUGGAGGAGGCCACAAUGAUCCAAUCAGUGUUGCUUUCGGCGGACCUGUCAUGAACAAAUUUACAAUUGCCCUGAGAGAAAUAGGAACAUAUAAGGAAGUCCUGCGCUCCCAGGUUGAGCAUAUGCUAAAUGACAGAUUGCUAAACUUUGUAGAUGUUGAUUUGCAUGACGUUAAGGAUGCCAGGAAGCGUUUUGACAAGGCUAGCCUCGUGUAUGACCAGAUUCGCGAGAAAUACUUAUCAUUGAAGAAAGGCACAAGAGCAGACAUAACAACUGCCAUUGAAGAAGAGCUCCAUAGUGCUAGGUCUUCAUUUGAGCAAGCUCGUUUUAACCUGGUAACUGCAAUUUCGCAUAUCGAGGCAAAGAAGAGAUUUGAAUUUUUGGAGGCUGUUAGUGCGACAAUGGAUUCACACCUCCGAUAUUUUAAACAAGGGUAUGAACUAUUGCAUCAGAUGGAACCCUAUAUUAAUCAGGUUCUGGCCUAUUCGCAGCAAUCAAGAGAGAGGGCAAACAAGGAACAAGCUUCUCUUUUAGAGAGGAUGCAUGAGUACAAAAAGCAGAUAGAGCGUGAUAGUCGGUCAUCUGGGAAUGGUUUAAAUGAUUCCCCUAAUGUAGAUGGCAUACAAACAAUCGGUAGAAGUUCACAUAAAAUGAUUGAAGCAGUGAUGCAGUCAUCCACAAAAGGCAAGGUUCAGACCAUUCGUCAAGGUUACCUCUCAAAGAGAUCAUCAAACUUGAGAGGUGACUGGAAAAGAAGGUUUUUUGUUCUGGAUAGUCGAGGGAUGUUGUACUACUAUCGCAAGCAAAUUAAUAGGCCAGCUGGUGUUUCUCAAGUUCAAAGAACCAACAAUACCCCUGAACAUGGUUCAGGGUUGCUGAGCAGAUUGUUCUCUUCUCAUUACCAUGGUAUACAUGAUGAAAAAUCUGUUGCACGGCAUACAGUAAAUUUGCUGACAUCAACCAUUAAAGUCGAUGCAGAACAAUCAGAUCUGAGGUUCUGCUUCAGAAUUAUUUCACCCAUGAAGAUCUACACAUUGCAGGCAGAGAGUGCUCUAGAUCAGAUGGAUUGGAUCGAAAAAAUUACUGGUGUCAUUGCAUCUUUGCUGAACGCACAAUCCCCAGAACAGUGUCUGCACAGCCCUAGGAGCUGCGGCCAUGAUCGGAGCGCUAGUGAGAGUAGCUCCUAUACUAGUUCAGUGGAACUGGAAACUUCCACAAGUGAAGAUUUAACACUGGAAAAGAAUGCUGGAAAUGGACAACAUCAUCACAGGACCCAUAUCAAACCCGAAAAACCAAUUGACUUGCUUAGGAGGGUUGAUGGUAAUACUAUUUGUGCUGAUUGUGGUGCUGCGGAACCUGAUUGGGCGUCGUUAAACCUCGGUGCUCUUCUGUGCAUAGAGUGUUCUGGAGUACACAGAAAUCUAGGAGUGCAUAUAUCGAAGGUAAGGUCUCUGACUCUCGAUGUCAGAGUCUGGGAGCCAUCUGUAAUCAAUCUCUUUCAAUCAUUAGGCAACAUGUUUGUGAACAGAGUUUGGGAAGAAACAUUACCUUCAUCAAACAAUGGCUCUUCUGUUGAUAAUACAAGUACUAAUGGAUCACAGGCAGCACAAUACUUAACCACCAGCAAGCCUAAACACUCAGAUCCUUUCUCUGCCAAAGAGAAGUUUAUUCAUGCCAAGUAUGCUGACAAGGAAUUUGUACGGAGGCAUAGUAUCGAUGAGAUUCACAUAGCUCAGCAGAUGUGGGACAGUGUAACUGCAAAUGACAAGAAAGGAGUAUACAGUCUCAUCGUGGCAUCACACGCCAAUGUAAAUUUGGUUUAUGGGCAGAUGGCUUCUGGUUUGUUACUGAAUCUUGGAAAAGCACUUAUACAAGAGCAGCCAACUUCACCAGCUGAUGGAAGCCCUAGAUUUUUCGACUGCAAUUCACAUGAGAAGGUUUCUCCUAGAGAGUCGCUUUCUCCUCCCAGCACAAGUUCACAUGUAGAUGAGUUGGAUGAUAGAUAUGAGGGUUUCUCCUUGCUUCAUCUUGCAUGCCGUGUUGCAGAUGUGGGGAUGGUUGAAUUACUUUUGCAGUAUGGUGCUAGUGUAAAUGUGUCUGAUUCAAGAGGUCGGAUGCCCCUUCAUCACUGUAUUUUGAAAGGAAGACAUCUGCAUGCAAAGCUUCUGCUCUCCAGGGGAGCUGACACACAUGCCAUAGACCGAGAUGGCAGAUCAGCAUUGCAGUAUGCAAUGGACCGUUCCACAAGUGACGAAGGCAUGCUUGCGUUGUUAGAGGAGCACUUCAGAUAAUUGCUGCAGGCAGCCUUCACGUCAGGAGUAUGGGCCCAGCAAACAAACAGAGUAGGCUGUGGCGCUGUCUGAGUUACUCAGCUCCAUGUUCUGAUAAGCCCCCAGCUUGUCUUGCUGAUAGUCCGAAGUUCGUGGCAUGAAUGGAACCUAAUCUUCUUCUGGAGAUCCCGCAACAUGAUGAUGUGGUUUAUUCUCUUGUCCGGUUGUUAGUUUUAGCGUGCCCCGGUCUUAUUUAUCAUCUCGCAAGCCGUCCGGUUGGUGUUUGCAGAUGGUGCAUAGUAAUUUUGUAUAUGGAGUUGCUUCUUAUAUCCAUCAUCUUUCCAUGUAAGGUAGAUGGCCCUGUGGUGAAAGAUGAUUGUACAUAUGGAGAUGUGUCAUUGUGAUUUAUGGAAAUAUGAAUUACUCGGUACGCUUUA